CUCAGGUUCUUCCCCCAACUACAUUGCCUCAAUUCCUCUCAAGCAUCUCCCCACAUCCACUUGCAAGAAUGCCACUGAAUAAUAUCACAACCUGCCUCUGGUUCGACGGUUGCGCUGAGGAAGCCGCAAACCACUACAUCUCCAUCUUUUCCAACUCGCGCAUCACAAGCAUCCAACGUUACACUGCCGCCGGUAAAGAGCAUCAUGGUCACGAGCCCGGCUCUGUCAUGAUUGUCGAGUUCGAACUCAAUGGUCACAAGUUCGUUGGCUUGAAUGGGGGACCGCAAUUCAAGUUUACCGAAGCAGUAAGCUUUAUGAUCCACUGUAAGGAUCAAGAGGAGGUGGAUUGGUAUUGGGAGAAGCUGGGUGAGGGGAGGGAGGGGGAUUGUGGGUGGAUUAAGGAUAAGUUUGGUCUGAGCUGGCAGAUUGUUCCAAACCAGCUGAAGAAGAUGCUGUCAUGCGAAGAUGCGGAGAAGUCGAAGAGGGCUAUGGAGAAGAUGCUGACUAUGGGGAAGAUGGAUAUUGAGGGCUUGGAGAAAGCUUUUGAUGGGCAAGAGCAGUGAGAGAAUGGGGCCUACUGGCGAGGAGGUAAGAGUAAAUUAGGAGAAGAUGAUGGGUCUUAAGUUGUCCGACGAAGUACUAGAAAAGGUUCAAGUCCUAACCCUAACCCGCCAACGGACCCACUGCAACUAGGGUAAAUCUUGACUGGCG